AUGCAGGCGUCCCUCGGAGACCCCAGAGCAGUGGACAGUAAUGUGAAAACGAUACUCAUGUCGUGUCUGAAAGGGCAACAGGUCAUCAUUAAAAUGGAGGCGAUGAAAAUCAUCCACCCGGAGAAGUUUUCGGAGCUGCAGGCGUCGCAGCCACGCUACGCGCCGGCCCCGCGCCGCGAGCCGCCCCUUGUGGCCAAGCGUGCGUGGCCCUCCGAGUCCGAGAUCAUCGUCAACCAGGCGUGCGGGGACAUCCCCGCCCUGGAUGCCACCCCCGGCCCCCUGCCGCUGCCCCGGACUCCCCCCCUGCCACGGCGAGAGCGCGGGUACCAGAGCCAGCGGAAGGGCAGCUCCGAGGUCUGCUACCACCGGCAGCCCCCGUCGGACGAGGUGAUCGUCAACCAGUACGUGCUGCACCCCUCGACGCCCUGCGAGCCCCUGGAGUGCCCCACCUGCGGCCACAUGUACAACUUCACCAACAAGCGGCCCCGCAUCCUCUCCUGCCUGCACUCGGUGUGCGAGGAGUGCCUGCAGAUCCUCUACGAGUCCUGCCCCAAGUACAAGUUCAUCUCCUGCCCCACCUGCAAGAGGGAGACCGUCCUCUUCACCGACUACGGGCUGGCAGCGCUGGCUGUCAACACCAGUAUCCUGAACAGACUGCCGGCCGAGGCUCUGGCUGCCAACCCUGUCCAGUGGAGCAGCGACACCGACCGCAGCUGCUACCAGACCUUCCGCCAGUACUGUGGGGCUGCCUGCACCUGCCACAUCCGGAACCCGCUGUCCUCCUGCACCAUCAUGUGAGCCCUGCGCCCCUGCCCGCACCUCCUGGCACACAGCGGGUGGGAGAGCUCGGCGCAGCACCACGACUGGUCCCCAGUCCCCUCUUUGCCAGUGGCACAGCCAGGGAAAGCUCUGACACUCGUCACAGCCAAGGACAUGGGACCAGCGUCCUCGCUAGCACUGCUGGGAGGUGAUGGGGAUGCUGGGACCUGGCAGCAGCCCCCAACACACCGGUGGUGCCCAGGGUGAGGGACACUGGGAUGGGGAGCACAUCUACCAGCACAUCCAGGGGCUCCAGCUCCCCCUGGCUCUGCAGUGGGUGCUCCUGCUGUGCAUCGAGCACCUCGCCGUGCUCCUUCCCCAGGCACCUCUCCCUCCUCUCUCCCCAGCUCUCCUGAGAGUGGACGCUGGGUCCCAUCUGGGGUGACACCCUCCCCAUCGCCCCACGGCCGGCAGCAGCAGCACAAGGAGCCCUGGAGGUGCACGAUGCCACACUGGGCCACCCUCCCAGCACAGGAAGCGAGGACAGGUCCCCAGCUGCCCCCUCCUCCCCCCGUCUCUGUAAGUUAUUUGCCAAAGCUUUCAUCUCAGUGGCCACGCCGCCAAGCGCCGAGUCUCAGUAGCCACGCCAAGCCGCCGCACCGGCCCCUCGGAUGCCAGCAGACACGCGGCCCGUUUCCUCCACAGGCCCUUGAGGAAAGCUCCACUUUGUCCUCGUUUUGGAGGAUUCUUGUUUUUUCCCCAUCCAUCCCCAGCUGCCCCAUCCCAGCCCAUUAUGUGUUCACAAAGGCAUUGAGCUGUGCCCGUUCUCUGCUGCUCCACCUGAGACCCACACUGAUGCCCUGUGAGAUGGCUCCUGGGGAUGGCAUGGGGUCCGGUAUCCCAAAUUGCUUGGUCCAGUGAGGGGAUUUGGCUAGGCAGGGGGACUGAGGUCUGGCUCCUGCCCACAGUCCCUUCCCUGGAGCAGCAUCUCUGAUGUGACCCCUGUGCGGAGGGGCUGGCAGGGCAGCAGCCCCCUGUGCACAGUCUUGCUUUCUCCAGAGCAUCCAGAGGAGUAAGUUUGCUGCCAAAAAAGCAAAAAAAAUAAAGAAAAAGCCAUAAUUUGUGGGUGCUCCCACGGGGCUGAGCACCACAACCCAGCACACCAGGGGCACAUGCCAGCCAGCCCCGGAGCACGGGGGCUGAGCGAGCCAGAGGGGGCCCAGAACCCUGCAUCCUGGAGGAAAGAGCAGCCCCUGGCACUGGCCAAAGCUCAGCAUCCACCCAGGGAGAGGGGCCAGACCAUCCCCCUGCCCGCCCCGAGGGAGCGGGCCUUGCUGCCGGCACAGCCCCGGGACCACCCCCUGGUGCAGAACGGGGCCGGUACUGUCUCUGUGUUGCUCUGCCAAUGCCUCCCGCUGCUGGUUGUGACCAUGAUCAUGUUUUAUACCCGGCCUUGUUCUGACCUCCAUCAGUCUCCCCAAUAAAGAUUAUAUUGGAACGAA